CCCUCUUAGCUGUCAAGCCCGUAGACAACUGUGCAGUUAAGAGGAGAGACCGGCUCACAGACCGGGCAAGAACAAAGCAGGAAGACUGGAGUUGCUUAGCCUAUUCCCAGCGCGCUCUAGGGCAGGUGACACAGAUGCAGAUUUCUCGGGGCCUGGGGUUUGACAGUUUCAUCCCCGCCCACUGGCUAUAGAGCAAAAUAAAAAGCUGUGUAAACACUGAGAGGAAGAAGAAGAUUCAGAGUUUGCCCAUCGAGCGCACACUCAAACCGCCUCUGCAGAGAAGCCGGCAUCAUGCACGUGAAUGGCAAAGUGGCGCUGGUGACGGGGGCUGCGCAGGGCAUAGGCAAAGCCUUCGUUGAGGAGCUUCUGCACAAAGGCGCUAAGGUAGCCCUAGUGGAUCUCAAUCUGGAAGAAGGUGAAAAAUGUAAAGCCGCCCUGGACGAACAGUUCGAACCUAAAAAGACGCUGUUUCUUCAGUGUGAUGUAGCAGAUCAAGAACAACUGAGAGAUACUUUUCGAAAAGUAGUUCAGCAUUUUGGAAGAUUGGAUAUUUUAGUCAAUAAUGCCGGAGUGAAUAAUGAAAAACAUUGGGAAAAAACUGUCCAGAUUAAUUUGGUCUCUGUGAUUAGUGGAACAUAUCUUGGACUAGACUAUAUGAGCAAACAAAAUGGAGGUGAUGGAGGAGUCAUUAUCAACAUGUCAUCUCUGGCAGGACUUAUGCCUGCUGAACACCAGCCUGUAUACUGUGCUUCCAAGCAUGGAAUAAUUGGAUUCACACGAUCUGCUGCUAUUGCAGCUCACAAUAUGAAGACUGGAGUGAGAUUAAAUGCCAUUUGUCCAGGAUUUGUUAAUACACCAAUCCUCCAGUCCAUCGAUAAAGAAGAAAACAUGGGACAAUAUUAUGAAUACAAGGAUUGUAUCAAAGAUAUGAUGAAAAUUUAUGGAAUAUUAGACACAUCAAUCAUUGCCAAAGGAUUGAUAACCAUUAUAGAAGAUGACACUUUAAAUGGUGCAAUUAUGAAGAUCACAACAUCUCAGGGAAUUCACUUUCAAAACUAUGAUACAAUUCCUUAUCAGUCUAAAACUCAGUAAACAUUUCAUGAAUUGACAACAUUUGAAUAGAAAUACAGUUGAUGGAUACACACAUUUCUGGAUUUGAUUCAUAAUAUAGAAGCUAUCUGUUUUAAAGAUCUUUUACAAUUUUAAGUCCUUUCAUGAGAAAAUCUAUAGUGAAGAAUAAUUGUAUUUGUAUGGGAAAAGGUUAAUGUGUUAAUGCCAUUUUUCCUUGUGGUAUAUUAAACUUGUGAUUAAUAGUUAAAGCAAUUUUGAUACAUAGCAUGAACCAAAAGAUGGACAUGAAAACCUAAGCUAUGAGAAAUGCAGAAUGGUGUUGAAAUACUAAUAUGCAUUUUCAAAAAUCUAAUUAAGUCAUCAGUGCACAAAUGAUACAUUUUUUUCACAUCCAUCAUGUUUUGUUUGAUUUUUUUUCAAUACUUGAAUUGCUCUUUCAAGGCUGAUAGAGAUAUGUUAUAAAAAAUGUAUUUGUGUUCAUGAUUGGUUUAAAUGAGUAAAGCUACAUGAAAUAGCAAAUGACCAAUCAUAAUACUUUUAAUACUUAAUAUAUACUCUUUGAUCUGAGUAACUCCUAUUCUUAAAAUUUUUAGUGUAUUUAUUAUGACAGCAUACCCUUGUAGGAAGUAUAAGAAUCAACUGCAAUUGAUAUACUUAGUACAGAGAGGACUAAAGUUGUUGACUAAAAAUAGAACUUGGAACUGUUGAUUUCUCAGCUCAGAUUCCUGUCAUAGGAGAUACACGGCCUUCCCAUUUGUCAGUCACAAAUUUUAGUUUCUUAUUGAUUAGUCAGUCCACUUGAAUUCAAAAUUCUGAACUUUAACUUCAGAAGCUUUAAUAUUAGAUUUUAGUGGCAGUGCUUUUAGUAUUGGCAAUUCAGCUUUUAGAAGUGACAUGGAG